UUUCACAACUUUCUCAAAGUGGGCAUCAGAUCGAAGUUCACCGAAAUCUGACCAAUUACAUUUUCCUCCAUCUCUUUGAGCAAAGUCUUAAUUAGUCGAGGUGGUACGUACGUAGCAUAAUCUGAUCAUCGUUGAACUGUACGCAAGUUUAGGGCGCAGAAAUGGCAAGGGCAGUGAGUUAUGGGGGUGAUGAUCUAAAUCUUGAGGCGACUGAGCUAAGAUUAGGGUUGCCAGGGAGUGAUGGGCAUGAGAAACAAUCAUCAUCUGCUACUGUGAGGAGUAAUAAGAGAGCUUCACCGGAUGUGGCCGAGGAUCAGUCAGCAAGGACUAAGAGCAAUAAUUCGAUCGUUUCCGAUGCUGGAAAUGGUGACGGAGAUAGUGCCCCUCCAGCCAAGGCACAAGUAGUGGGGUGGCCACCAAUUCGAUCUUUCAGGAGAAAUAGUUUCCAUGGGCAAGCGAAGAAAACAGAGGGUGAUGGGGCAGGGAUGUACGUGAAAGUAAGCAUGGAUGGAGCUCCUUAUCUGAGGAAGGUUGAUCUCAAGGUUUACAAGAGCUACCCAGAUCUCCUCAAGGCCUUGGAACAUAUGUUCAAGUUCACCAUAGGGGAGUAUUCAGAAAGGGAAGGCUACGAUGGAUCUGAAUAUGUUCCUACUUAUGAAGACAAAGAGGGUGAUUGGAUGCUGGUUGGAGAUGUUCCAUGGGAUAUGUUCAUUUCCUCCUGUAAGAGGUUGAGAAUUAUGAAAGGAUCAGAAACUGGAGGGUUGGGUUGUCUAUGACAAUUACCUACAAAAGCCAGUUACCCAGAAGAAGAAAAAAAAAAAGAAGUUUGGUCACCGACAGAAAGACAGAUUGGUCAGAUUACAUAGUUUUCUUAGUGCAGGUUUCAGCCGGCCGGCCUCUGCGGUUUUAAUCUUUUGGUAGCUCUUCAAAAAUCAAUUAGAAAGCAAAGCUAAGAAAGAAAAUAUAGCAAUAUAAUUGAUGAGAUCCAACUGUACAGAGGAUAAAAUGCUUCAUAUAUUCAUUUUGUCCCACGAUAUGGUUAUAUA